AUGGCAUCGAACAGCAUCUUCGAUUCCUUCCCGACCUACUCUCCGACCUUCAUCCGCGACCCGAGCACCAGCCGCCGCUUCACACCUCCCUCCACGGCCUUCCCCUGCGGCGGCGGCGGCGGCGGCAAGAUGGGCGAGAACAGCGGCGCGCUGGGCGCGCAGGCGGCCGUGGGGCCCGGCGGGCGCGCCCGACCCGAGGUGCGCUCGAUGGUGGACGUGCUGGCGGACCACGCGGGCGAACUCGUGCGCACCGACAGCCCCAACUUCCUCUGCUCCGUGCUGCCCUCGCACUGGCGCUGUAACAAGACGCUGCCCGUCGCCUUCAAGGUGGUGGCUCUGGGGGACGUGCCAGAUGGAACGGUGGUGACAGUGAUGGCGGGCAACGAUGAGAACUACUCCGCUGAGCUGCGCAACGCCUCAGCUGUCAUGAAGAACCAGGUGGCCCGGUUCAACGACCUUCGCUUCGUGGGCCGAAGUGGGCGAGGGAAGAGUUUCACACUGACCAUCACCGUGUUCACCAACCCCACGCAAGUGGCCACCUACCACCGAGCCAUCAAGGUGACCGUGGAUGGACCCCGGGAGCCCAGACGGCAUCGACAGAAGCUGGAGGACCAGACCAAGGCGUUCCCCGACCGCUUCGGGGACCUGGAGCGCCUGCGCAUGCGGGUGACGCCGAGCACGCCCAGCCCCCGAGGCUCGCUCAGCACCACCAGCCACUUCAGCAGCCAGGCCCAGACCCCCAUCCAAGGCACCUCCGACCUGAACCCUUUCUCCGACCCCCGCCAGUUUGACCGCUCCUUCGCAGCGCUGCCGACCCUCCCGGAGAGCCGCUUCCCGGACCCCCGGAUGCAUUACCCAGGGGCCAUGUCGGCCGCCUUCCCCUACAGCGCCACACCCUCAGGCACAAGCAUCAGCAGCCUCAGCGUGGCCAGCAUGCCGGCCACCGGCCGCUUCCACCACACCUACCUCCCGCCGCCCUACCCGGCGGCCCCGCAGAACCAGAGCGGGCCCUUCCAGGCCAACCCUUCCCCCUACCACCUCUACUACGGCGCGUCCUCCGGCUCCUACCAGUUCUCCAUGGUGGCCGGCAGCAGCAGCGCUGGCGACCGCUCGCCCACCCGCAUGCUGGCCUCCUGCCCCAGCAGCGCCGCCUCUGUGGCCACCGGCAACCUCAUGAACCCCAGCCUGGGUGGCCAGAGCGACGGCGUGGAGGCCGACGGCAGCCACAGCAACUCGCCUACCGCCCUGAGCACGCCCGGCCGCAUGGACGAGGCCGUGUGGCGGCCCUACUGA